GCCACCCAUUGUUGCUAGGAAACGGUAAAAAAAAAAACAUUGAUCAUGUGACCAAAUAGUCAGAAGCAAGGCGUCAUUUCAACGAGUCUGUAAAGCUGGUGCUGAAGAGUUCGAAGAGUUCCUUCGUGGUUCUGACCCUGCUGCAUGUUCAGAGUGCAACGUGGAGCCAAAACAACAAACACAGCAAUAAAAGGUGACAACAGCACAGUCCGUGCUGGGAACUUCGGACGCAGGUCAGAAAUCUUCCAGACAUUUAUUGGAUCUCAUCGGUGCCACCUGAUCUGUAUAAAUACUCAGAGAAGGAUUCGUUCGGCCUCACGGACGUCACAGAUCUGAGCUUCCGGUCAUCAUGAGGGUGUUUGCAGUUAUCCUCGCUCUUGCAGUCAUCUCAGGAUCCGGUGCACGAAGCGUUCUCCAGGACGACUGGCAGGGCACGUGGGAGGUGACGGUGGAAAAGUUCAAUGAUUACAUCACAGAGCUGAAUUCCAGGGCUGAUGGAGUGGUGAAGGACAUCAGGAGCUCCCAGAUCAGCCGAGAGCUCGACACCCUGAUCCAGGACAGCAUGUCGGAGCUGGCCUUGUACCGGGACGACCUGCAGACCAAGCUGGCCCCCUACACCCAGGAGGCUGCAGAGCGCUUUGGGAAAGACCUGCAGCUGCUGGUGGACAGACUGCGUGGACACAUGACCGACGCCCGCGGCCAGAUGGAGAACUACCUGCAGGAGCUCCAGACCAUGGUGGAGCAGAACACCGACGACGUCAAGGCCCGAGUGUCCACCUACACCCGGAAGCUGAAGAAACGCCUCCAGAAGGACACCCAGGAGAUCCAGAGACACGUUUCCGACUACAUCGAGGAGCUGCAGAGCCGCGCCUCGGACAACGUGGAGAGCAUGAAGACCAGACUGGACCCGUACUUCGCUCAGGUACGGGACAACGCCGAGGCCAAGAUCACCACCCUGAACGAGCUGCUGAAGACGCAGGUGGACAGCGUGAGGGACCAGGUCCAGACCGCCGGCGAGGACCUGCGCUCCGCCCUGGGCGCCAAGAUGGAGGAGCUGCGCAACUGGUUCGAGCCGUUUGUCUCCAUGAUCAGAGAAACCCUGUAAACUGGGCUCUGAAACCAGUUCAUGUGGCAGAAUUCACCAAUAAAACCAGUUACACACCAGAUGUUUGUCUCCUCAACGCAAUUACUGUUAAAAUGUUGAGAUCUUCACAAAUAAAAGCUCAGAAGAAAAAACUCCAAA